AAAAGGGGGUGGAGGAAAGGGGAACUGUGAGGGUGGUAAAGUACUCGUCAGUCGUGUGACGCGUUUCCCGCCGACAACAUCGGUUAUAUUGUCAAUAGAUUAAACCGCGACCGCAUUUCCAGUUUCCACGUGUUUCUCGCGUGUGUCUUAUGUGAUCUGACUGCUAUUGGCUAUUGCAGUUCCGCGGCAACCUGUAUUAUCGAUCGAACGUGCUUUGCGCACGUUGCCGCAGUUACUCGUGGCACCGCCACUACAUCGCACGUACUGUACAAUCGUCUUCGUAUUAACGUAACAUUGUGUGCCGAUUGGGAUUCAAUUUACGAUUUCUUUUGCGCAUUGCAGUCAUAAUCAUAAUUCACUAAUUAUAACAAUAUUGUUGUAUUAACGUUGUUCCUUUCUAUACGCUUUGUGUUAAAAUUACCGUCCAACCGCCAUGUUCUAUUUCAAAUUGUAUAUUUCGCGCAUUAGUGAAAAAGUUAAUUAUUUAUUUGAGCUAAUUAUUUGAGUUGACACAAGAAAAUAAAUCCAUGUAUCGUGAAUUGUUUAGUGUAAUUUUUUAUAGAUUUGUCUUCAAAAAGAAUUGUGACAUAAGAAUACUUUGAACUUGCUUCUUAUUUUUGACGAUCUUCGAUCGAUUUUGAAACUGUUUUAUCGAUGUUUUGUAUUCUUGAUUGAUUAUUCAUGUGGCGCCAAAACGGAAAAUAAAGAUAUGCUUUUGCUACCACACUGUAAAAAAUAAAAUAAAUUUAAAACUCAUUUUUUCAAAAUAGUUAAAUAUAGUGUAUAUAAUAAUAUAAUUACUAUGAUAUUCGUGAUAAGAUUUUUUUAAAAUACAAACCUAUUUGUGCUUCUAUAAUGGUGUAUUUCUAUAAGUGAUUUUGUUAAAAUGUGAAUAUUAUGAAUCUAUGUUUAUAAGAUUAUGGUGUUAUGGCUAAUAUUGUUCGUAUUUAAUAUCUUCGUUACUUUGUUGGAUACUCAUCUAUGGAAUACUACUUCAGUAUCAUUAUAUUCAAAUUAUAGAAGGAAACAGACGAAAGAGGGUGGAAUGAGGAGAUUUAUCCGGUGACCUCGUGCCACGCGUGGUAAUGCUACUGGCAAGCGGUGCUUCAAUACCGACCAUCGCCGGUACUGUCGAGGAGGAGGAAGAAUAUGCACGUAGCGAGGCGAACAGCGCACACUACGAUGGCUAUGUUACCGAUCAUACCGAUCUUGCUUCCGAAAUUGAUAUUGAUGAAUCCGAAUACAGACGGGAGCUUCUCAAUGAUAAAUGGCGAAUGCUCUUCGACAAGUUUGAUCCCGAAGGUUUUGGCGAGAUACCGGUGGAGGAUUUUUUAGCAGCUUUAAAGAGUGCCGAAUGGAAAACUGAAAUACCGCCAAAUAAACGGGAUAUACUUCUCACUAGAGCAAAGGAAUCACGUGUUGAAGCGGUAACGUUUCAGGAUUUCGUCAAUGUGAAGGUGAAUCUCACGCAGGUGAACAGGAGAACAACAAGCAUCCGAGUAGCAUACGAAUUCUUGAUCGUCAUCUUGACGAAAAAUUGCAAGAAAAAGCAUCUGAAGGUGGCUAGUACGCGUAACCCUUUGCAGUCCAGGUGGUUUCGCUGCUGUUGGUAACGAGAUAUCGGGGUAGAUUCAAGGAAGGGAGAAUAUGGCGAGAAAGAAAGAGGAGGGAAGCUGAGGUGAAAGAAGGCAGAAACGGGCUACAUAGUACGGGUAUACGCAACCUGCCUGCCCUUUGGCACCCGUGCCAGAUGUUUCUCUCAUUUCGGCUGCAAGAGGCAAGAAUGAAUCGGCCCACACUUAUAUUAGCAUUUUCUCUCGGUUUCGGAAUUUACGCAAACGUUCUAUUGACUAAAUUCGCUUUAUACACGACUCUUUCUCUCCCUAACGAUAAAUGAAAGAUACUUUGACGAUUAUCGAUUUUCUCGAGAGUAAUUCCACAGGAAUUUCUUUUUAAUUAGUUUACAAGUUGCUUGUUAAGUCACGUGUACUGGCCACUUGAAAU